AUGAUCGUCGCCUUCUCCGGCUCCACACUGUACGCCUUCUUCAACUGGGGCCAGCCCGAGGUGGACCCGGCCACCGGCCAGCCCAUUGCCGACCAGUUCAGCGAGCUGCCCUUCGUCCAGCAGUACGCCUACCGCGCCUGGGCCACCUUCAUGCACUACGAGAAGGUGCUGAAGGAGCCGACGCGGGAGCUGCUCCUGCCUCCGCCCCUGCCGCCGCCCUACUACCAGCCGCCCUACACGCUGGUCCUCGAGAUGACCGGCGUGCUCGUCCACCCCGAGUGGACCUACAAGACGGGCUGGCGCUUCAAGAAGCGGCCCUUCGUCGACUACUUCCUCCACCAGUGCGCCACCUCGGCCAACUUUGAGCUGGUGAUCUACACGCACGAGCAGGGCUUCACCGCCUUCCCCCUGCUCAACAGCCUCGACCCGAACGGCUACAUCAUGUACCGGCUGUUUCGCGACUCGACGCGCUACGAGAAUGGCGUCCACAUCAAGGACCUGAACUGCCUGAACCGCGACCUGCGCACCGUCAUCCACGUCGACUGGAACGACAAGGCGUGCGCCCUCAACCCGGACAACUGCCUGAAGCUGAAGAAGUGGGACGGCGACUCGGAGAACGACCGGACGCUCUACGACCUGGCCAACUUCCUCAUGGCGCUCAGCAAUGAGAAGGGCCAGGACGUGAGGGAGGUGAUUCGCUACUACUCGCAGUUUGACGACCCCCUGGAGGCCUUCCGCGAGAACCAGCGCAAGCUGGCCGAGGCGGAGAAGGAGCGGGCGGAGGCGCAGAAGCAGGCGACGCCCCCGUAUCGAUCCUUUCUGCAGAUGGCGCUGCGCAAGUGA